CCUUCGGGGAAAACCAAAACAAAAAAAAAAAAAAUCAUAAUACUCUGUGGUGACUAGAAAAAAAAACAAUGUUUUUAGGAAAAUAAUGGAAAAGCACUGUUAUUUCAAUUUUCCGAACUAAAGUAGAAACAGUAUAAAGCAGAACAUGAACGUGUGUAGAAUUUGCCUGUCCAGUUCGCCUGAAAAAGACUUGUGCCAUUUAAAUAGUCUUGAUGAUGCAGAUGAAAAAAGUUAUGCAGAAAUUAUGUUCUUUUGUCUCGAUAUUCAGGUCGUGGAGGACUCUAAAAUUACUCGAAAACUGUGCAUGAAAUGUUACACGGAUAUUUUAUCGUUUUACAAAUUCAAGAGACUGGCUUUGAAGAACGACUCGUAUUUAAAGACACUGGCAAACUGUGUUGUGAAAUUAAUGGUAUUGGCUGGUGAGUGUGCAGAAAAUACAACAGUCAAACAUCCUUAUAAGGACUGUGAUGAGAUUGAUUGCCACAGCAUCAAUGCGGUAGAGGAACAACUGGAAAUCAAGCAAGAGGAAUUCAAGGAUGAAGUACCUGACUACGAAUCUGAUGAGGAACACUUGAGUGUCAUCAAAGUGAACAAAUGUGAACAGAAUGGUGAUGUAGAAACUAAAGCACCAGUAAAGAAACAAGGCAAUCAAAAGUUAAUCAAAACCAAUGCUAAGAAAGGUGGAGAAUGUGGUCAGACUGUGCGUAACCGCAAGCAGCAUGCUUUGAGACACAGACCUCGGAAGGACCGCCAGCCCAUCAAAUGUCAGGAUUGUGACAAAACAUUCAACAACUACAACUGUCGAACCAAACACUACCGAACUAUACACUUGGGAAUCAAGAAAUAUUGUAAGCUUUGUAAUAAAGAUUUUGUUAACCUGGAGACACACAACCUGAUAAUGCACAAUUCAGAGAUGUUGCGGCACGUGUGCGCGGUGUGCGGCCGCCGCUGCAUCACGCCCUCGAAUCUCCGAACUCACAUGCUCAUACAUAACAAGGACAGGCCCUACGAGUGUGACAUCUGCCACAAGAGGUUCCGAAACACUGGUAACGUCUCAACACACAAACGAACUGUUCACGAACGAGAAAGAUCGAAAAUAUGUCACUAUUGUUCAAAGAGUUUCUUCACGAAAUACCAAUUAGAAAAUCAUUUAAGAAUCCACACGAAGGAGAAGCCGUACAAGUGCUCCGAAUGCGACAAGGGUUUCACCACCACCACGCAGCUCAACAGCCACAAGCUUAGUCACAGCGAUCAGCGCAACUUCCGCUGCAAGUACUGCAACAAAGGAUUCGCUACACCUAGCGGUCGCCACGUGCACCAGCUAAUCCACACUACGGAAAAGACACACCCGUGUCGUUACUGCAGCGUCAAGUUCCGUCGCACCGAUCAACGGCGGGCACAUGAGGUGAAGGUACACGAGCGACAUGCACCUCCCUGAUCACUGGGAAGGAAUCGACGACUUGGAUAACUCAUAGAAUAGAAGGCAGAUAACAGAAAAUAUUACACAUGAAACCUAAAGGAAAAUAAUACUUAAAUAGAAAGUACAUAAAGGAAAAUAUUGAUCAGAAAUAUGUUGUUAUGUUACAAAUGUUACACUACCUAUACUCCCUCAAUCAAGAAUACUAAAGUCAAAUUAAUGAACCUACAUUCCUCAAGGUAAAAUGAAUGUGACUUUUAAAUAUUAGUUUCAUAUAAAACCUGCAUACAAAAAUGUUAAUGUGCUCUAAUUAAAAUAUUGUUUUCAUUGUUA